AUGGCUCCGACGAAUGCGCUUGUCUUGCCUUCGCUCGGUAAACUGCACCUCGAACAGGUCGCCAGGUCGCCAGGUCGCAGUUCGGCCUUGAGGCCUCAGUCGUAUCUCAUUUUAGUCACGCAUCGCCGUAAGAACGCAUGGAAGCUCCCACAGAAGCUUGGCAGACUCCGCUACUGCAACAUCCUUAUCUCUGGCACUCCACUGGGGCCACCCGGGGCGACCCAGGCAUUUCAGAAUCACUGGCCAAGCUCUGGCAAGCAAUCCCGGAGACAGCUCGGCGUGCCCAAUCACAGCGAACAGAUCAGCCGAGGAGGCAACAAAGGCUACGGGCCUUGCCCGCGUGGCGGAACGCUUGCAGUUGAAGCAAAUCAUGAUGGAUAUCAUGUCCUGGCAUAA